AAUGCAUUCAUAGCUCACCAUGUCGGCCAAAAGUUCACACAUUGUCCUCGUUUUGUGUUUGAACCUCGUCCUGCCUAAUGUCGUCUACUCAUAUCCGUUUCCUAGAUCGUACAGCCCUAAGGCGUACACGCCCAAAAAGUUGUAUGAAACGUUAAGACCGGCGGAAGCAUUCAGGUACCUGCUGACGGGAAGAUUGCCAAGUUCGAUCACACGUGACAAAGAAAUCGGUAUGCUAGUAAAAGACGGGCAUGACAUUGAGAGUGAGAGUUGUGAAGAGUGCAAGAAGUAUAAAAAAGGCAAAGUAAGUCGAAAGGAAGAAUUCGUAGAGGAAGAGGUGGAAGAAGAUGAAGAAGAUGAUGAUGACGAUGAUGAUGAUGAUGAUGAUGAUGACGACGAUGAAGACGAUGACGAGGAAGAAGAAGAAGAAACAAUAAAGAAAACGGCGCGGACGUCCCGUCGUUCGAAUAAAGGCUCAGGCUGGAUAUUGCCAUCCUGGGACGCGUGGGGAUCAAAUGCUGGGGAAGAAGCUCCGACCGAAAACGAAAAGACUCCUAAAACGUCUGAAGCCGACGAUUGGUCUUCGUGGAACCCCUGGGGUUCUGAGAAAGAUGACAAAGAGGCAGACAAGAAAGAUGAUCAAGGGAUCAUCCCUGAUAUUAACAUACCCGACGAGUUUCCUAGUGUAGUACCCGACACCAAAACGGUAAUCAAAUUCCUGGCUGAUUAUAUUGACCCGUUGAAACCGAUUGUAGCCGCUAUAGAAGUUCAAGAAGAGGCGGGAGCAAAAAUCGAUAAGAUUAAAGGAAUUGGUAAAAAACUCAAAAUUGAUUGAUCUAGAGUAGCGAAUACCUGUGUAACCCAUAAAAAGUUAUGAUGAUUUACUCAAACAGUAACAGCUGUUGAUAUUAUAUUACUUAAAAUUAAAUAUUGAUUUAAAAUGUUUACUAAAAAUCCAAUAAAAUUGAUUACCUAUGAUGAUAUUUUGUAAAAUUAUGAGAAAAAAUAAACAUGCAUAUUAUCCAACUA